UGUAUAUAAACCUAACCAGCCUCUCCAAAAGAGCAUAUUCUCUUUUUCUUUCCUUCCAAGUAAAAGAUGGAAAACAUCAGCCAUUAUAUUCCAUUCUCACAACCCAAAGAGAAGAUGGGGAAAUCUGCAGAGGAAGAACACCCUCAAAAAGCCUUUGGUUGGGCAGCCAUGGAUUCUUCAGGAAUCCUCUCACCCUUCAAAUUCUCAAGAAGAGCCAACGGUGAGGAUGAUGUGACCAUAAAGAUACUCUACUGUGGAAUCUGCCACUCGGAUCUUCACUUCAUUAAGAAUGAGUUCGGGAUUUCUUCAAACCCGCUUGUCCCAGGGCACGAGAUCGUGGGAAUUUUGACCCAGGUGGGCCACAACGUAACAAAGUUCAAAAUUGGAGACAAGGUCGGUGUAGGGGGUGUGAUCGGCUCAUGCCGUGUAUGCAAUAGUUGCAAGCAGGAUCAUGAGGUCCAAUGCCGGAAAAUGAUACUCACCUGCGGUGCUAUUUACUAUGAUGGCACGGCCACCUACGGUGGAUUCUCCGAUACGGUGGUCGUCAACGAGCAUUUUGUGUCCCGGUUGCCUGACAACCUACCCUUGGAUGGCGUGGCACCGCUACUAUGUGCUGGGAUUACGGUGUAUAGCCCGAUGAAGUAUUUCGAUCUUUGCAAGCCUGGUAUGAGCUUGGGUGUGGUUGGGCUUGGUGGGCUAGGCCAUCUCGCAGUGAAGUUUGCAAAGGCUUUUGGAAUGAAGGUCACAGUGAUAAGCACAUCCCCAAAGAAAGAGAAGGAAUCGAUCGAGCGACUCGGUGCUGAUUCGUUUUUGGUGAGCCAUGACCCAGAGAAAAUGCAGGCGGCCAUAGACACUUUGGACGGCAUCAUUGAUACAGUCCCAGCCCCUCACUCACUACAGCCUUUGAUCGAUCUACUUAAGCCUAAUGGAAAGCUAGUUAUGGUGGGGGUCACCAACAAGCCAUUCGAGUUGCCCAUCAUUCCUUUAAUCAUAGGGAGGAAGAUCGUGGCCGGAAGCGCGGGUGGAGGGAUGAAAGAAACACAAGAUAUGAUAGAUUUCGCUGGCAAGCACAACAUAACAGCUGAUAUUGAGGUAAUCUCCAUGGAUUACAUAAACACGGCCAUGGAGAGGCUCACCGCAGGCGAUGUGAAAUACUGAUUCGUCGUUGACGUUGCAAACACAUUGAAUGCUGCCCCAUAAUGUCUUGAGAUCGGCAUGCAUGUUUGUGGCCUUUGAUUUGUGUUGUGUGUCCCACGAUGUAUGAUUAUUGUGCUAGAAACUCUUUUUUGUUAAUGUGUGUGAUCUCUGAAUUUUGUUGUGUGCUAAAAAAAUAGAGUUUGAUG